AUGUCUGUGUCAAUGUUCCUUGAGUUGGCACACACCAUCACAGGGGAGUACUUCGGAAACACUCGAGAGAUCAUCACUGUCACAGUCACGGGCGAGGAAAUGUAUAUCGCCACCUCGCCCAGUGAUGUAGCCGCAGUCUACCUCGAUACCCAGAAGCUCGACUUCGACGCAUUUAUCAAGGACGUCAUGCGCGAUUUUGGAUGCACGGAGGAAACACUCCAGAAGACGUUCGAUUCUGACGGCAGGCCGAAGCACUGGAUGGACAAGACUCAUGUUGACUUCAAGCUCCAGAUGCACCCGGGAGAUCAGCUCAGAAUCGUCGAGAGCAAGUUCUUGGGGAAUAUUGACCGGCUGAUGAAUUGGGACUCAAUCUCGGGCGUCUCUCUGGUCCAAUCCACCGGAGACUUCAAGACCGCUUUCUUCGGCGACGCUAUCUUUGAGGUAGCGCCCAAAGUUCUUGAUGAUUUCUGGGCCUUCAACCUGGAGGCCUGGAAGAUGCAUUCAAAGUACCCCAGGUUUGCGGCCCCAAGAGUUUUCGAUGCCAAGGACCGGAGCGUGAAAGCGUCCGCCGACUACCUCUCUCUUCCGAAAGAUCAGAGGCCGAAAUAUCAGAGGCCCGGGGCAUGCUGGCUUUUCGAGCAGCUUGAAAUGGGCAUGGAGGAGAUGGGUGUCACUGAGGCCACCCAGUGUGGUGCGAUGUUAUUCAGUCUGCAAAACCUCAUCAACGCCAAUGCAUACAGGCAGUGCUUCUGGUGUGUUGCCUACCUUCUACACGAUAUCACAGUCCUAGAAGAGAUAAAGAAAGAAAUACAACCGGCAUGGCAAAGCGACGGAGUCAAUAUGGCGUAUCUCCUGGAGAGUUGCCCACUCCUGGCAUCCUUUUACGAAGAAAUGCUGAGAAUGAACAACCUGUAG